UAAACACGUGCGCAGCGUUUUUAAGGCGAUUUCAGUUGAUCUAUAAAAAGAUAAAAGCGUGAACCAAAAUGGCGGAGAAAGCAGACGGUUACACUGAUGAUCAUGCUAAGUAUGGAGUGGAGGCUCAACACCCUGAUCAGCCAGGAAUUACUCGUAUGCAACCACCCGAUGGACACGACAAAUAUACUACAACAGUGGUUAUAAAUCAGCCACAAACUAGCGAAUUAAUUGUCCAGCAUAGACCCACGGAUUAUAUGGUUUCAUCUAUGUUUGCUUGCCUCUGUUGUUUUUGUCCUACUGGAACAUUGGCCAUCUACUACGCAAGCGAGGCAAACAAUUUGGCAAGAGCUGGUUUCUAUGCCAGUGCAAAGAGAAUGUCUGACAAGGCCAAGAAGUUAAUGAUUAUUAGUGUGAUCGUUGGAAUUAUAUUGUGGGUCGUUUUGUUGUUCAGACUUGACAUUAAACGGUGAUGCUUACUAGCACGUAUAAAUACGGUUACUUGUGCACUGAAAUGACGAUUAUUUUUACAUUUUAAUGACAAUUACCUUUGCCUUACCAUAACAAUUGAUAAUCAACAAUUUCAAAAUAAAAACAUAAUUUACUAUUAAAAAAGGACAGUUGUGAGUGCUACAUUAACAUACUAAAUCAGAUAUUCAUUUACUUUACAUUAUCAUUACCUUUGCAAGAUUUUAGCAAGUCAUAUUCAACUAAAUGAAAACUGAUCAGAAAUUGGGCGGUAUAUUUAAAUGUCUUCCAUGUAUUGCAGUAAUAUAAUAAAUUUGUAUGUACAUGUAUA